GAGGCAGAGGAGUAGAGACAGAAACAGCGAGAGGGAAAGAGAGAGGUGAGGGACAGGGAAGGGAGAGGAAAAGGAAAGGAAUGCCACCAGGUUUCCCGUUGGCAUGACCAGCCACCAGGACGAGCACAAUCAGCCGGUUUGCCCAAGAGAAUCGACUCGACCGGCCCACCGCUUCGGAUGGACAGCCGGCUGCAUCGAAUGGGAUAUCCUUGGACAGGCAACCGCCUCCUUGGGCCUGCAGACGGCGGCUUGGAUACAAGCCCAGCAGAAGCCCGCUGACGGGUGCCACGACGUCGGGCUAAAGGCGAGAGACGGGCCAAGUGACGUGUACAAGGCCGAUGCUGUGCCUGGCCGCCCAUCCCAGGAUUUGUUGAGCAACACGGGCGUUGUGCCGACGGCGGCUGAAAAGGGAGGAAUGCGGUCUGCAUGUGCGUUGAUGGAUGCUGUCCGGAGUAGUAGCAGUAGCAGCGCGUCUCCUUGGGCUGGCGGGCAGCAACGCCGUCGAGGUGGCGGAUCUGGCUGCGAUGCAUGA